AUGGCACCAAAGAAAACAACUAAGGCACAAACGUUGAGUUCGGCGCAAAUUGAGAGACUCGUAGCACAACGAGUUGCGGCCGCCAUAGCUACUUAUGAGGCCAACCGGAAUACCGGAGAAGCCGAAGGAAGUGGCAAUGGUGGAGGACAAGCUAAUGUUCUAAAGGGUUGCACCUAUAGGGACUUUACCUUGUGCAAACCGCUAAACUUUGAGGGUACCGCAGGAACCAUUGGAUUGCUCCGAGGGUGUGAAAAGAUUGAAUCAGUCUUCCGCAUUAGCGAAUGUCCAGAUGAGUGUAAGGUGAAGUACGCGACGUGCACCCUCCAGGGUGGAGCUUUAUCUUGGUGGAAUUUGCAUGCCCACACUGUUGGAGUCGAUGCAGCGUACGCACUUACUUGGGAGGAACUCAAAGAGAAGAUGCGGGCAAAGUAUUGCCCAAGGAUUGAGAUCCAAAAACUGGAAGCCGAGUUUUGGAAUUUGACGACCAAAGGCUUGGACGUAUCGGCAUAUACAACAGGGUUCCAUGAGUUGGCUCUAGUUUAUCCAACCAUGGUAACCUCUUCCAAGCCCACCGACAUCAAGAGUGCCGUUGAGAUGACGCAUAGUUUGGCCGAUCAGAUGAAGAGGCAAGGUGAAAGGGAAGAUAGGAUUGCCCUUCCUAGCGCUUUUGACCAUAAGAGAAAGUGGGACGAAGGGUCGUCCAGAAAUCAAGCCCAACAACCACCGAAGAGGGCCGAAGCGGUGAAGGCUUAUACCGUGGCACCAACUGCCAAGAAAGGAUACAAUGGAGCUAGCCCAUACUGUAACAAGUGUCGCUCUCAUCAUCGCGGACCUUGUAUGCCACCUUGUGGACGGUGCAAGAGGACUGGUCACACGAUUCAAAAUUGUAGGGCUCCAAAUCUGGUGGUGAAUAACAACAAUGUGGUGCAAAAGGGGUGUUAUGAAUGUGGAAAUGAGGGGCACAUGAAGAGGGAUUGCCCAAGACUUAGGAACCAAAACAACAACAACAACCAUCAAGCCCGUGGAAGAGCCUUUGUCAUUCAAGCGGGAGAAGCUCGCCAAGACCCGAACAUUGUGACGGGUAUGUUUUUCCUUGAAAACCUACUAGAUUUCGUUUUAUUUGAUAGCGGUGCCGAUUUAAGCUUUAUAUCAAAUAGAAUUAUUCAAUUAUUAUCUACGUCCCCCGCGCCGUUAGACGAUGCCUAUUCUAUAGAGCUCGCUAACGGGAAAGAAUUCAAAGCCGAUAGCAUAAUACGUGAGUGUACUUUGACCUUAGCCGACAAACUCUUUCACAUAGAUCUAAUUCCCGUCGAAAUUGGAAGCUUUGACAUCAUCAUCGGCAUGGAUUGGUUGUCCAAGCAUAAGGCCGAGAUUGUAUGUCAUGAAAAGGUUGUUCGUAUUCCGUUAGAGGGAGGAGACGUUUUGAUCAUUCAAGGAGAAAGGUGUGGUGUAGGAAUUAAUCUCAUUUCGUGCAUGAAGACUCAAAAGUACCUACGAAAGGGGUAUGAUGCGAUAUUAGCUCAUGUGACGACGAAGGAACCCAAAGAGAAACGACUUGAAGAUGUGCCCAUUGCACGAGAAUUUCCCGAAGUAUUUCCCGAGGACUUACCCAGACUUCCUCCGAUUCGUCAAGUGGAAUUUCAAGUAGACUUAGUGCCCGGUGCCACUCCAGUGGCACGUGCCCCAUACCGUUUAGCUCCAUCCCAAAUGAAAGAGCUCUCGACUCAAUUGCAAGAACUCUUAGAUAAAGGAUUCAUCCGACCAAGUUCUUCGCCAUGGGGAGCUCCGGUUCUUUUUGUCAAGAAAAAGGACGGAUCUUUUCGGAUGUGUAUAGAUUAUCGUUAG